CAGAGGAGAAUCAGAAGGGUUUAUUUACAAUUCAUUCAGCCUUUUUAUAACCCCCUAUGCUAAAAAGGCACAUUAUUGGUGCAUAGGAUGGACACCCGCCUCCAUUGGUUCAGUAACACAAACAACACCUGGGAGAGAGGUUGUUAUGGGAAAGGAAUAUUGUUUACCCAGAAAUGUUAGGGGAAGAAAAGUUAUUUACACAAAGCUGCUUGGGAAAGGAGAAACUGCUGAAAAGUUUCCCUUGGAAAAGCCAGCACCCUCAGGCUUCAGAAAAUCAGGCCCACAGCUAACAAGCAAUUCGUAAGUUCCCAUGUGAAACUGUUUUGAGAAUGAGAAGUUCCUUUAUUUAUUCCUUUAUUAAUUCCAACAAUUUAUUCUGAGGGUGAAAAACCUGUAAUAACAAGGGAUUUGUCCCAUGAGAAUCAGUAAAGAAAAUACGUAACCAAUAUGCGAAUAGAUAGCUUUGAUGGACAAGUAAAAUACCUUUUACUAACCAAUAGAAUAAUUAACAAGAAAGCUAUUGACCAAUUAGAAGUUGCCCUCAAAAUUUGGAAAAGCUGUAUAAAAGAGAGCAUGCCACCAUAAUAAAGAGCUUUUUGAGCCUCCUGAAGAUUUUACCGUAUCACUCUGUGUGUCAUGGCCGUCCUAACAACAAUGGUAAGGAGGCAAAGAAAGGGUCUGGUUCCUCCAGCUCCUUGCUUGGGACUUCAUCCUGGAGCGGUUGGAAAAAGCAGAAAGGUGAUUUUCUCUGGGCUUUGAUUGUGUGUGGACACAUGGGGGUUGAUUGUCACAGGUGGAAAACCUCUGGGAGGUGCAAACCAGAGGUUUGAAAACCUCCAGGAAGUUCACACCUCUCAAGUCUUCUUGGAAACCUCUGGGAGGCGCAAACCCCUCAAUUCUUGGAAACCUCCAAGAGGUUCAAACAUCUCAAUUCUUCUUGAAAAACCUUUGGGAAGUUCAAACCUCUCAAUUCUUCUUGAAAACCUUUGGGAAGUUCAAACCUCUCAAUUCUUCCUGAAAACUUCUGGGAGCUUCAAAUCUCAGUUCUUGAAAAUCUCUGGCAGGUUCAAACCUCUCAAUUCUUCUUGAGAAAGAAGCUCUUCUUUGUGACUUAGUGAAAGAAAAUACAAAACUCAUUAUGACAUAUUCAGUCUUAGUUUUUGUUCUAAAUGCAGCCUGACAGUUACACACAGCAUUGGCCACUCCUGUAGAUUGAAGAGACAUUUCCACUGAGCUGUCCAUGAAAGUGCUGGAUCCUCAUCUCCGGAAUCUCUUCCACACCAUUCCAUGUCCCCUCUCCUCGUGCCCUCUUUUCCUGCUGCCAGUCAGCUCCCCCAAGCCUUGCUGUUCCCUGUCACCUCUGGCUGUGUGCAACAAACCAUCCUGGAUUUCCAGUGUCUCACUGAAACCUUUCCUGGACAGCUGGAAAAGCUGAGACCAGUGGGCUUUGGAAUGAUUUAUCUGAGGCAUUAAAAAAAAAAAAAAAAAAAAAAAAAGGGAAAUCACUCCUUGCUUUUCCCUUCCACUCUGGAACUGAUCCAAGAGGCAGAGUCAUAGAAAGUGUUGGGAGGGGUCUCUGGAGCUCACCCUGUUCUCCAGUGGGGCUGCCCAGGACCAUGCCCAGGUGACUUUUCAAUGUCUCCAAGGUGGAAAACUCCACAACCCUUUGUAUUCUUGGUUGUUUUAUUCACUUUUUUCCUCUGCCUUGAAGUCCAGCCAGCUUUUCCCUUCUGCUCAGGGUGACCCCAUCCCCUGGCUGGGAGGAGGAACAGGUCAUGCCGGGAUUUAGGGAGGUGAAGCUUCCAGAAACACCGGACACGGUCCUUGCUCCUUCCCACAGCAGAAAUCCAACAAAUCUCCACACAAAUCUGGUUGUCAACAUCCCAGAACAUCACACGGUGCUUUGCUCUUGCUUUGUGCAGCAAAUGUCACCCUCGGCCAGGGAAAAGCACAAUUUGUUUCCGUAGGAGCUCCGAGAAAAACCUGCUCCCACCUUCCUCAAAACCCGCAGGGAGCCCAAUUACUUUCACCUCAUUUUUUAGGGAAGAACAGAACAACAAAUAAAUUGGCAAAUUGUUGAGCAAAUGCAGGGCUUUGUGCAGCUCCCUGCCCGAUUCUCCUUGGAGCGCGGCUGGAACAUCACGUUCCCAGAGCAUAAUGAGCCAUCGCUCCCUCAUUAGCUGCGGGAUCGCCGGGAAAUUCCAUUCCGGGGCUGGGAAUACCUGGGAAUGCUAAGGAAUACUCAGGAGUGCUCAGGUGUCUGAGAUAACCAGGAAUAAAUUGUGUCAGAACACGCGGGAUUUCUGUCUGACAGAAGGACUGAGGGAUCCAGAAUGUCAGGAAUUCACAGGGAAAGCCGCUGCUUGCAUGAGCACAAGGUUUGACCUUGGAAAGCAAAAUUUCUGAGUUUUCACAGUGCAGAACUGAGGAUCAGGGUAAAAUUCAGCUGUUGGAGGCUGAACAGAAGCGUCAUCUUUUCAUAAUUCCCCUCACAUGGCUGAGCAGUGCCAGCACCUCCAGCAUCCAGAGGCUGCUCCUUCCCUCCAAGCCUUUCCCAAAUCAGGCACACACCAGCACUCAGCUUUUUCAAUGACAGGGGAUUACAGAGAUCCUCAGAUUGCAAAUAAUUUGGAGGUGGCCAUCGUGGUGACCGACGGCCGGCCCCAGGACGGGGUGCAGGACGUGUCUGCCCGGGCCAGGGCCGCGGGCAUCGAGAUCUUCGCCAUCGGCGUGGGCAGGGUGGACAUGGGCACGCUGAGGCAGAUGGCCAGCGAGCCCCUGGACGAGCACGUGGACUACGUGGAGAGCUACAGCGUCAUUGAGAAGCUGACCCAGAAGUUCCAGGAGGCUUUCUGUGUGGUGUCCGACCUGUGCGCCACGGGAGACCACGACUGCCAGCAGGUGUGUGUCAGCACCCCGGGGGCCUACAGGUGUGCCUGCAGGGACGGCUUCAGCCUCAACAGCGACGGCAAGACCUGCACCGCUUGCAAUGGUGGCUUGGGGUCUGCUCUGGAUCUCGUGUUCCUCAUCGAUGGCUCCAAGAGUGUGAGGCCUGAGAACUUCGAGCUGGUGAAGAAAUUCAUCAACCAAAUCGUGGAUUCGCUGGAGGUGUCGGACAAGCAGGCCCAGGUGGGGCUGGUGCAGUACUCCAGCUCUGUGCGGCAGGAGUUCCCCCUGGGGCAGUUCAAGACCAAGAAGGACAUCAAGGCAGCAGUGAAGAAAAUGUCCUACAUGGAGAAGGGGACCAUGACAGGCCAGGCUCUGAAGUACCUCGUUGACAGCUCCUUUUCUGCUAUCAACGGAGCCCGGCCCGGGGUGCCCAAGGUGGGGAUUGUCUUCACUGACGGGCGCUCACAGGAUUAUAUCUCAGAUGCUGCCAAGAAAGCCAAGGACUCAGGAUUUCGGAUGUUUGCCGUGGGAGUCGGCAACGCCGUGGAGGAUGAGCUGAGGGAGAUCGCCUCAGAACCCGUGGCUGAGCAUUACUUCUACACCGCCGACUUCAGGACCAUCAGCAAGAUCGGGAAGAAGCUGCAGAUGAAGAUCUGUGUCGAAGAAGAUCCAUGUGAGUGCAAAUCCAUCGUGAAGUUCCAGAACAAAGUAGAGGACCUCAUCAACUCCUUGCAGCAGAAACUGGAAGCUGUGGCCAAAAGGAUCGAAGCCCUGGAGAACAAGAUCAUCUAAAAACCCACCCCAGCAGUUUUUUACCUCCUUCCCAAAGUAACAGAACCAGAACUGCUCCAUUUUUCAGGGAAGGCAGCUCAGCCCCAGGGCUCUGGGCAGCUUUUAUUAAGGUCUAGGCUACCUGCAUUUGUUUAAAAGGAAGAAUUAUUACAGUAGAGCAGACUUUGUAUAAAGGGCAGAGCACGGGGUGUGACUGAGACUUAGACCAGGCUCAAGUUUGUUACAUCCUAUAGAGUGCAUAUAUGCAAAAAGAAAAAAAAAACCAACAAAAAAAACCCAAAAAAACAAA